CACGUGCGGAGCCGGUGGUGCGCUGCGGGGCCCGGCGGCGAACGGGGAGAGCUGCUGGGCACCGUGCCAUUGUAGGAUGCUUCGCAAUGCCCUAGGAAAAACCUUCCGAUUUCUGGGCUACACGGUGCAAUAUGGCUGCAUAGCACACUGUGCCUUCGAGUACCUUGGAGGAAUUGUCGUGUGCUCUGGACCUUCCAUGGAACCAACCAUUCAGAACUCUGAUGUUGUCUUUUCGGAGAACCUCAGCCGCCACUUUUGCUGCAUUCGAAAAGGAGAUAUUGUAAUUGUGAAAAGCCCAAAUGACCCCAAAUCAAAUAUCUGUAAAAGAGUAAUUGGCUUGGAAGGGGAUAAAGUCUGCACAAGCAAGCCUUCAGAUUUCCUUAAGAGUCACAGCUAUGUGCCUAAAGGACAUGUCUGGUUAGAAGGUGAUAAUCUCAGGAAUUCUACAGAUUCCAGGUGCUACGGACCUGUUCCUUAUGGGCUGAUAAGAGGACGCAUUUGUCUUAAGAUAUGGCCUCUGAAUGACUUUGGAUUUCUACGUGCAAGCCCCAAUGGCCACAGAUUUCUUGAUGAUUAAAAGACUUAAGUACUAUUGACAGUUUUCAUAGUAUUUUCUACUAAAAUGAAUGGAACUAUUUUUGCUUAGAACAAACACAAAUAUUACUUGA